AUGAGAGGUGAGGGGUAUGUAAUUCAAGUAGAUGAAUCGUUAUUUGGUGGUCAUCGAAAGGAUAAUGUAGGAAGUCUUUUCUUCAAAGACUUCUUAGGAUUGAACUCAAAUCUCAACAAGAGAAAUAAUUAUGGUGACAGAGUUCAAGGUCCUUGGGUGUUCGGAUUUAUUGAUGAUAAAACUCGUGAUGUUUACAUGCUGGUUGUAAACAAGAAGAAAACUGAAACACACAUUCCUAUUUUAAAAGAGCGUGUAUACUCCCACUCAACCAUUCAUACUGACUGCUGGAGGGCUUAUGGUAGGGCCAAUGAAAACUUCAAAAAACACUUUACAGUGAAUCAUUCGAAGUUUUUUAUUGACCCAGAGACCCAAUGCCAUACUCAAUUAAUUGAGAGUGUAUGA